GAUAAAGCAGACCGCUCGUCUUCUUGUCUACUCGUAAGAGGGAAAUUUUGCUGAUGCAGUAAUGUCUGGAAAUGGUAUGGUUCGCUUUUGCCCCCUUAAUGUAUCUCCCGCCUGAGCUGAGCUGCAGCAUUACAAUUUCUCAUGCAGUAUAAGCCAUUUACACCGAGGUGCCGCCGCACGAGCAUGAGCGCAGGGAGGACGUUGCGGCUUCAUGUUUUCUUUUAGCCUUUCCCCCCGCUUCUUGUGUUUUAUCCCUCGUUCAAAUUGAAUGUGAAACUUUGUAAUACAUCUCAAAGCCAUAUUUCUGUCAUUAUAGCGUCGCGUGCGAAUGUCGUGAAUCAUUUCAUUUCAAUAUGGAUGUGACAUUUAUGGACGAACAUUUUGAAAUUGAGAAGAUGUGAAGAAGCUUUUGCAAGGGCAUUUUCUACAACAAAAGGGAAUCGAGGGUGCAUUACUGACAGGAGACUGCCGGCAGAAGACGCAUUCCUUCAGUAGCGAGAGGCAGCUGUAGUGGAUGCAGCGGAAGGGAGCGAUGGUCGAAUCUGUGACAACCGCAGUGGGGCCACACUGAGGAAAGAUCAAGUCAUACCAUAUACCCGGGGAUCGAGAUAGAUUUAAGGGUCUGGAAUCGGAGCAAAGUAAGCAAAGCGACGCCUUGGGAGGGCAGUUGGAUGUCUACUCAAUUAAAUUAACUCCUGCGGAGAUCCAACUUUGACCUGCAGGAUGACAGUCGUGCCUGGGGACAACAUGGAUGAGACCUCUGCCGUGCCAGGACAUCCGCAGGACACGUACCCUCCUGACCAGGAUGAUCAUGAAUGCUGCGAACGGGUGGUCAUCAAUAUAGCGGGGCUGCGCUUCGAGACCCAGCUCAAAACUCUCUCCCAGUUUCCAGAGACUCUCUUAGGUAACCCAAAGAAGCGGAUGCGGUAUUUCGAUCCCUUGAGAAACGAGUACUUCUUUGACAGAAAUCGUCCGAGCUUUGAUGCCAUCCUCUACUACUAUCAGUCCGGUGGAAGACUGAGAAGGCCGGCAAACGUCCCAUUGGAUAUGUUCUCGGAAGAAAUUAAGUUCUAUGAACUUGGGGUCGAGGCGAUGGAGAAGUUUCGCGAAGAUGAGGGCUUCAUCCGUGAGGAAGAGCGGCCCUUGCCAGAGCGCGAGUUUCAACGACAAAUCUGGCUUCUGUUCGAGCACCCCGAGAGCUCGGGGCCGGCCAGAGGAAUUGCUAUUGUAUCUGUUAUGGUCAUUUUAAUUUCCAUCGUCAUUUUCUGUUUGGAGACUUUACCUGAACUGAAAGAGGACCCUGCAGGGCGGAUACAGACUAUAGGCAACACCACCUUCUACUACAAACCAAACAUCCUGACCGAUCCCUUCUUUAUUGUAGAGACCCUCUGUAUCAUCUGGUUUUCGUUUGAAUUGAUAGUCCGCUUCUUUGCUUGCCCGAGCAAAGCGGCUUUCUUUAAGAAUAUGAUGAACACCAUUGACAUCGUGGCCAUCAUCCCCUACUUCAUCACGUUGGGCACAGAGUUAGCGGACGAGCCGGACGGAAAGGAGGGAAAGGGCGAGCAGGCAACAUCACUGGCCAUCCUCAGGGUGAUCCGUCUGGUCAGGGUGUUCAGGAUCUUUAAACUAUCCAGGCACUCCAAAGGCCUUCAGAUUUUGGGGCAGACCCUCAAAGCCAGUAUGCGAGAGCUUGGAUUGCUUAUUUUCUUCCUCUUCAUUGGCGUCAUAUUGUUCUCCAGUGCUGUGUAUUUCGCAGAGGCCGAGGAAAAAGGGUCCUACUUCACCAGCAUCCCUGACGCGUUCUGGUGGGCGGUUGUGUCGAUGACCACCGUAGGCUACGGGGACAUGGUGCCAGUGACUAUAGGGGGCAAGAUCGUGGGUUCCCUGUGCGCCAUCGCCGGUGUGCUGACCAUCGCCCUCCCCGUGCCUGUCAUUGUGUCCAACUUCAACUAUUUCUACCAUAGAGAAACUGAAGGAGAGGAGCAGGCCCAACUCCUCAACGUGAGCAACCCGAACAUCGCCUCCGAUUCCAACUCCAGUCGUCGCAGCUCCUCGACCGUCAGCAAGUCCGAGUACAUGGAGAUAGACGGAGACAUAAACAACAGCAUCGACAACUUCAGAGAUGCCAACCUCAGAACUGGCAACUGCACUACCGCUAAUCAGAACUGUGUGAACAACAGUAAGCUCCGAACCGUGGUCUAGAGACACCGUAGAAAACUCAGUCGAGUACUGACUGGUCACAUAUGAAUGCUUACUUUACCUCCUCUCGUGAGCCCUUGCAAUGCGAAUAUCUUUACAAUGCAGACGAAAGAAAAAUACUACACCAAAACAGAACAAAACUGCGGCAAACGAGGCGGAUGAUUCAGUAUAUACUUAGUCUAAUACAUUUCCAAAGAGGAUGAUUCAGAAAAAAAAGCCUCCACGAGCACCUAGCUAACGUCCACAGGCACUGAAGGACUCUCGACGAUGGGAUUACUAAAAAAUCACGCAUGGACUGCAGACUACAUUUCACUGCAUCCGGAAAAGUGCAUAAAAGACCAAGUGCAGUGUGCGGUGGACGCCUCGUCCGUGGGUGGUCUUCCCCAACUGACCAGCAAAGCACCUUAUAAUGAACAAGACUUAUCUUCUGCUGGGAUGCUACGGAGGCCAAGGUCAUCGCCUCAUGGACAUCCGCAUUGCUGCUAUUUUCCAGCAGAUGCUGUAAUUUAGAUAUCACCAAGUGAUUAAAUGCCAUGCCCUUUAGAUAUAAGACAGCACAAUGCCGAAAGAGGAGCCUCAUAGUUAGCAUGUUUAGAUUAUCCUCGUUUUGAUAUUGGCAUGCGUCGGACAUUACCUCAUGACGAUAGGACACCUGUUCCUGUUUUGCUUUUCUUUUGCAUUCGGUUCCAUCAGCUCCCCCUCUCCAUCAACCUCCUUAUUUUGUCGCCAUGAAAAGUGCACUAGUGUGUCAUGAUUUGAGAUGCUUAUCAUUUAGGUGUAUUUAAAGACUGAAUGUUUAACCUUACGGGAAACAGAAUCUUAAUGAUAUCAUAGCAUGUCAAAAGAACCUGCAUUAUGGCCUACUCAACUAAGGUACUGUGUAUCCUAGUAUAUUUAAUGCAUGACAUCGGUAUAACAGCUUGUUGCAAUUGAGAUACCUCGUAAGGGUGUCGUUGUUACAAUCAGGGAAACUAGGGACGUCGAUUCCUUGACGUUUUCUGAAAUGUGACAAAAUAUAUAUGCAAGCCCCAACGCUGGGAUGCAAACUUUUCAAUCUAAAAAGUAGUCAAAGACACAGAAAAAGAACUAUCAAGAUACUAUCAAAUGCAUAUACUCAUAAUAAGCGCACCUGUUAAAAACAAAAAACAAAAAAAUGAAUAUAACUUAAAUAGUGCAGUGCAUGGGCAUUCUCUCUCUCUCUCUUUGAGAAAAAAAAAAGAAAGAAGAAAACUAUGGGCAAUUAUACUUCACGCUUCCAUUUUGUGAUCAAAUUUAGGAUUUAUGGAAUCAAAAAUCGCUUAAUUUAUCUUAGCAGGAUGCAAAAGAGAACAUGGCAGAAUUAUUCAUAUUAGUUGCUAGUGCCUUUGACCCUCUCAGCAACCGGACAGGUGAAAGUGCCUCAGAGUAACUGGAGUUUUGGGCAGGGCAAGGGAACAAUAUCUGCUCUAGAACUGUCAUAAUGUAUGUUGAGGCUGGUCAUUACAGUGUAUUUGGAGUGCUUUUCAUUUUCGUUGUUGUUUUGCUGAACGUGACACAUGGUUGUCAGGCACAAACUCAAACAUUUUCUUCUUUUUUCAUAUGACAGCUGAGCUUGAGUAUGAAAUCAGACACAUGACGGGACCUUUUAGACUUUUUCGAUCUGCCUUUCUUUGUGCUUUUGAUUAUGUUGUGCCAUAAUAAAGAGUCUACCUCAGUGAGGUCGCCGCACAGCUCACUGCAGAGCAGAACAUGUGAUACAUAAGAGCCUGUGAAGUGUGAUGAUACGUCAGAAAUAAUACACUUAGUGUGCCCUAGAAUUAGCCUUUAUUCAAGCACUUACAACAAACGCAACAAUGCGGCCGUCCCUGACCCCCUCGUAUCUGUAACGCUCCAUUGCUAAGCACAAUCAACAUUCACUUUGGUUUCUGUUUUGCGAUUUAGUCCUUUUUUAAAAGAGUGAUCUGGGAAGAGACCACAGCACAGGUUUUCCUAAUACCACAGGGUACUAAGUAGAUCAUUUCAAAAAAUCAUUUUAAAGUAUGUCCUCAACAAGAAGUGUCUCCCUAAUGUUAAAAAGUCCUGUUUAUCCCAUUAGUAUAGCAACCUCAAAUUAAGACGGUAUAUUAAGCCCGCACCCGUCCGGGCCAUAUGCACACAGGUACUGUAAAUCACCAAAUUUGAAUGCAGACUUAAUCGAUUUAUGGAGUGCACUGAUGACUUAAACUUUAAUGUGAAAUCUCGAAUUCAUGCUAAUGAGGGCUAUUUCAGUGCAUACAGCUAAAUGCGAAAUAUUCAAGUUUUUCAUUUUCCUUGAUAAUUAAAAAGCGCUUUAAAAUGGCCACGAUUAAAUUAGUCUUUUUGGGUGUAAUUUCAUUUGACGAACACAAGCAAGUCUGCUUGAGCACUAGCAGCUCGUAAACAAGUUGCCUGAUCAUGUGACCUUUAUCGAUCCUUGAGGUGUGAUUGUAAUCAAAGGCAAACAGCAGUAUUUUACCAUUGGGCAGUUUCCUAUAACACUAACACGGGUUUAGUCACCUCUGCUGUAGCUCUGUGCCAGAAAGAAGUUUUCAGGGCUUUAUUUAUAUGCAUUUUGUUUUGAAUUCAUAACAUUGCUUCAGCGGAAACAAAAACGGGCUUAGCAAACGUAAAAUCAUUAACAGGCUACCAUAUUUUAUCACAACAAUUUCAUUUUAAUAUGGUAAAUGAAAAAUGAUGAGACGAGUAAGAACUGUUUCUACUGGGCAUGUGAGUGGUGAUCAAACCCUAUGGUGCUAUGCAUACUCCUAUAUUUAAUAACUACACCAUAUAUCAUAGCAAUAGGGAUUAAGUGUGUUACAGGACUGUCCAGAAUGCUUAUUUUGAUAUUUACCAAGGGCUGUGGCAAACAAACUUUUGAUAAGAAUAGAGAUGUGAAUCUACUAUAAUGCAAGAGGACAAACAAUUUCCACCUAGGAUAAUUUUUCAUGUACUUUAUGUUAAGAGACUGUAACAAAAAAAAAAAAAAAAAAGAAAUGUUCCUUUAAGUGGAUGUGUUGCUUCUUUUUCCCUAUUGAAGCAAAUGAUGUUAGUACUGUGGAUUUAAGUAUUAGGAGGGCAGGUCUUUUAUCAGUUGAGUCCGUAAAGGUGUAAAUCCAUAGCAUACGUACUUCAUGUUUUAUUUGUAUUUCUUCUGAUUUGGUUGUUUUGCAUUGUUCAACAAGCUGAAACCUUAUUUCAAGAAGGGAUAAAAGGUAAAAUACACUGUAGUGGAAUAAAAAAAAGAACUAUUAAUGACUGACGUGCCAUCAUAACUGAUGCUAAGUUACCCGAUGUGAAAGCUAGUUGUUGAAAAAUGAGGAUCCCUAGGUUGUGGCCUUUAGGAGGAUGUCAGACAUACUUAUUUUCUUCACCUGCGUGGCCUCGUCUAGCUAUAUUACCAUGUUACGUCCAUGUGGCACUAUAGUUAACUGUACUAUAACAAACCCAUGCCCUUGAUAAAACUACAGUAGACUCAUCAACGAGUCCAUAAGACAAGCCAUUACAAAUAUAUAGGAAGAUUAUAGCUUGUAUUAUCAAUAUCAUGAAAAAAAAAAAAAUGGCAUUAGCAUCGAAAAUGUACUGUACAUUGUACUUUUUUUUGUAAUAACCUUAACUCCAUACCGCCAUACCAAACCAAAACUCAACAGCAACCUAGCAAUUGCAAAAAUCUGCAUGGUGUAUGGAAGACUGCAUGAGCUUAGCCUUUCAAAACUGAGGAUCAACUAUAUUCUGGUUGCAUCAUUUUUUUAAGCCCUUGCUGUCAUUUGUUCCCAUCUUCAUUAUUUAUACGCCAAUGUUAUUUUUGUUCCCUUUCGUUUUGGGAUGUUCUCUAAUCUGUCAAACUCCACUGAUUGUGUUUAUUUAUUUAUUUAUUUAUUAGCUUCAUUUGAGAUUUUGCUGUUUGCUUUCAGGAUGCUGAAUGAUACAAGUCAUGGAAUGAUGCAUUUGACAAAACAUUUAAUUCCGCCACAAAAACCCAAACUAGAGUCCAUACAGUCAUUACUGGCCAUCUCAGCUACAUGUUUAUGUUAGACAGAUGAUGACUCCAUGUUAAUGGUUGUUCCAUGUACAUCUGGUCAAACUGUUCAUGUCGUUUCUGUACGUUUUUUUAAUUUAAUCUUUGUUAUGCUAAAUUAUUUUUUAAUGUUGUCGUACGUUGACAAAGGCAUGGUCUGUGAUCUAUGCAAGGGUUCUUUUGUUUCUUAUGUCAAAUAUGAUUUGAUCAUACAUCCAAAUCAAUAAAUUUUUAAUUAUCAGCU